GAUUCAGAUCAUUCAAUUCAUUCGUUACAAACAAAAAUAUAUAAUUUUCUUAUUAAAAAAACAAAAAGAUAAAAGAAUAAUGGCAAGAGUUCAUCUAUUGUUAUGCUUCACCCUUCUAUUUGCAUCUGUAACCCUUUUUGACGCGGCUUCAGCUUUUGUGAAGCUAAAGCCAUCUUUGCCUCAGAUUGAAGAUCCGAAGACGGUGGAUGAUGUGGAAGGCUACACUGUUCAAGUAGUGAUGGUAUUUGUGGGGGACCUCGAGAAAGAAUGUCCUAAAACAAGCAAAUUCAAAAUGUUCUUCGACAAACUCAGAGGAUUUGCCAAGUAUGUUUGCCCACUAAAAAUAUUUGGCAAAAAGGACGAUGCUGACAUGAAGGCCAAAGAAGCAGGCAUCCUCAAAACAAUUGCCUCUUUUGCUAUUGGAAGGAUAAAGAGGGAAAUUCAAGAGGAAAAACAGGAAGCUAUCGAAACCUUUAAGUUUAUGAAAUCCUUGGCUGGUAGAAUUUUGGGUGGCCGCAAGAAAGAAGAGAAAGCAACCACGACACUAACACCUGAACAGCUGAAAGAAAUCAAAGAUGGGAUCUUGAAGUGGCAGACUGUAAUUGUUAAGAUCACAAACACUAUGGUAGUUAGCACAACAAACAGUGAAGGCUCUGCUGGUUCAAAUCCUGGAGUUGGAAUUCCCUCUACGGAUACAGACAAUCAAUCUCAAGGUACUCCCUCUGCGGAUACAAACAACGAAUCUCAAGGUACCACUGGAGGCUCUUCGAGUCCUAACUCCGGAAGCGCUACUGGAAGUCCAUCAAACAAGCCGUCAGCUGGUUCAAAUCCUGGAGCUGGAACUCCCUCAACGGAUACAAACAAUCAAUCUCAAGGUACUCCCUCUGCGGAUACAAACAACGAAUCUCAAGGUACCACUGGAAGCUCUUCGAGUCCUAACUCCGGAAGCGCUACUGGAAGUCCAUCAAACAAGCCGUCAGCUGGUUCAAAUCCAGGAGCUGGAACUCCCUCAACGGAUACAAACAAUCAAUCUCAAGGUACCACGAACACUGCUUCAAGUGGAAGUGCAACUACUAGCCAGACCACGGAGGUGACAGUGACAGAAGUCGAGACUCAGACUUCCGAACAAGUUAUGACAUUCCUAAUGAACCUAGAGAAGAAGUGUCCACCAAAGGAGGAAUACAAGCAAUUUUUCGAGAAACUAAAGAGUACCAUGACAGGUUCCGCAAAGGUUUCUUCUCCUAAGAAAAAAGGAGGCUUGUUCGGUAUGAUCAAAGGUGCUGUUGGGAAAAUAGGUGAUGCCAUGCAAUUUAUUCGUUCAAGAAUUGGAAACAAAUCAGCAGAAGUAAAGAAGUCAAUGGAAACUUACCAAGCAGAAGUGAUAAAGAAUAUGGAAGAGCUAAAUGCAAUCUACGCUAAAAUUGUAAGCCAAAAUCAAAGCAAGAAAGGAGGAGCAAUGACAUGCACACCAGAACAACAAGCAGAGAUUAAGACGACAAUCACCAAGUGGGAACAAGUCACAACCCAGUUCGUUGAGGUUGCUAUUAAGAGUGAAACUUCGACAACUACUUCUACUUCAACAUCAGCCUCCACGGGAACAGCGCAGGCAAAUUGAACUGAAGCUAAGGUGUAACUUCACCAAGUUGGCAAACUAGUAACCAAUAGCUAAUAAUUUAGAGAUUUUUAUUUUUGAUUGCAAAUAAAACAAAUAUCGGUGUAGGCUAGCAAUAUAUCUAUUGACCGACCUAUGCAAAAUAAUAACUAUGUAUAAGUACAUAUAGAUUGUAAGCAUUCUAUAUGCUAACAUCCAAAAGUGAUGAUUAAUGAAAGAAAUUUUUGUGGUAA